AUGGCGUCGGACGCUCCUGCUCCCGCUGCAUCCGAGGACGUAUCGACGCCUGAGGCCACUGCGCCUCCACCGAGUACUGCUUCCCACACGAUGUCGACCAGGCCACGCCCCGCCAACCGCCGGCUCGCGGGGUCGACGCCUCGUGGGUACCCAGCGAUUGACUAUGACAGUCGAGCAGGCCCAGGUGGACUCUCACAGAAAGCAGCUGCGCCUCCCCCUUCCAGCGAUGGGGCCGCGCCUGCUGCUUCCAUCGCCAACCUGGCCAACAUCGUCGCCCAGCUCACUGCCCUCGUGACCAACACCACAAAGUUGAUCGAGGUCCUGUCGCAGCAACUCACUGCUGCAGUGCUGAUGGCCGCACCAGCCACGACCACUGUCAACCCACAACAGCUGCACCAAAGGAAGCGUUAG